UGCACGGUUCAACGGUCAACAUGACCCGCGCGCUGAGAAGGCGGGGAUGGGAGCGCAUGCGCGCCACUUGUUUACAUCUAUAGGAAUACGCGCUGAUUAAUCGUCACACAGACACACACAUAUACGCACACACCGAAUAACAACACACAGUGGUGGCGCUUACGUAUCCACAUGACUUUUCCGCGGAAAAUGUUUUCCAUUAACAAUAACGACACGGUGAAUACAGUAGUAGUUACAGUGGCAAUAACCGCGUCCUCGAAAUCGUCUAUUCCGUCGGUGUGUUUCUCGCGCGUCGUUGUUAUUGUUGUUGUUGUUGUUGUUGUUGUUGUUGUUGUUAUUAUCGUCGACGUGCCGCCGCCGUCGCAGUGGUCAGUGACAGAAAGGGUUUUCGCCGAUUUCCAAUGCGCCCCGUCGGCCGCCGCCGUCGCCGCAGCAGCAGCAUGUUCCGAAUUAUCGUGCUAAACGCCACUGCCGCCGUCGCACCGUGUUUUGCCCGCAGUGUUCGUUGUUGUUGAAACGAUAUCGUCUCGUACGCGCGUGCUGUCGUAUCGUUUUCCUCUCAUUUAUCGUCGUUUUCGACGCCCUCGUGCGCCGCGCGCCGUGUGUGGAUACAUUAUUGUUAUAAUUACAAUUAUUAAAUUAUUAUUAUUUAUUUUUUAUUUUUUACGAUACAAAAACACGACCGGUACAGAUUAUAAUAAUUCAUACCGACGACAUACCGAGUGUAACGUUAUAUAUUUUGUUCGUACGCGAUACGCGAACCGUACGCACCUUGUAUAAUAUACGAUAUCGCGGUGUGAUUUUAGCUAUUGCGACGCACGUUUUCGUGGCCGUGUAAGAAACGGCGUGUGCGCGAAAAUCGUAAUAAUAAUAUUAUUAUUAUUAUUAUUAUUAUUAUUGUAGUGCUAUGUGUGGCCACGUCGGUUCUAGUCAGUUCGUGUACGGUACAAUAUCAUAGUUCGGAACGCGAACCCAGUUUUCGAGUCCGCACACGCGAAAGGAAAUACCAGACGAGAAGUAGAAAUUACUUAAAAUGAGUUUGUUACUGGCCCAACUUACUGACUCACCUAAGCCUAGAAAUGCUAUGGCUGGUGUUGUUAAAAUAGGAUAUUUGAAAAAAAAUAAGAGUAUGAGAAAAAAAUUUUUUGUACUACGCGAAGAAACUGCAGGUGGUGGACCUGCGCGUCUUGAAUAUUAUGAAACUGAAAAAAAAUGGAGAAACAAUGCAUUACCUAAAAAAGUAAUUGUAUUAAAGUCAUGUUUCAAUAUCGACAAACGUGUAGAUGCACGUACUAAAAAGACAAUAUUAUGUUUGUACACUAAGGAAAGUUCUUUUUAUAUACUAUUUGAUUGUGAUAAAGAACUUGAUGAGUGGUUGGACCUAAUGUUGGUUCUACAACGUGUUUCUAAAGAUUUUGGACCGGGUGAUUCACUCAAAGAACCUUUCGAGCAUAUUUGGCAUAUUUCUAUAUUAAAAAAAGAGUUGGGAAUGAAUGCAAAUUUAAUAGGUAUGACUGGACUUUGUUUAUGUGACAAAAAAGUGAGUAUAAUGAAAUAUCCAACCAAAUCAAAAGAACAAAAAACCAUGGAUAUAAUGUUGUCAAGUAUUCGUCGCUGUGGAGCUUUGGGUACUUUUUUUUAUAUGGAAGUAGGACAAAGUUCUCCAUUUGGUUCUGGUCACAUAUGGAUGGAUACGUGGAACAAUGAUGUAGCCGCUAGUGUUCAUGAAACUAUAAUGGGUGCAUCAAGUCGAAAUCAUGACACUAGAUUUAGAAUGAGAUCAUCAUCAUUUAAUGAAGGAUCACGAUUAAUAAACUGCCCAUCAAAACAACGUUCUAGUUUCUAUGAUGAGAAUCACCCUGGGCUUCGGUAUAAAAAUAAUAGUCAAAGUUCCUCAACUUUAAAUAAUGGCAAUGUUGAUUUAGCUCGCACAGGAUCAGUUAGAGAGCGUUGUGAUAGUAUGCCGUUGCGACCACGUACUAUUAGUGAAAACACAACUUCAUCAACACGUUCUUUCAAUGGAAUUUUAUCCCCUAAACAAACUUUCCAUAAAGGUUGUAAUUGUGUUUCUGCCUCUUCAUCGUUAUCAGCGUUUAACGAUUCUAACUUGAGUACCUGGGAUUCAUCACUCUCAAAAUCUAUGGAUACCACUGAUGGAAUUUCUUCCUUUUACACGAGUCUUAAUGACCAUCGGUCUGCCAUACUUGAGGAAAAACAAGAAGAUUUUAUUCCAUAUACUCCAUUAGACAAAGAAGAAGAUUCUUCGAGACAAACAAGUGACAGUAACGUUAAUAAUAAUAUUAACUUGAUUAACAACAAUAUUGUUGGUAACAAAUCCAGUUCCUCUUCCCAGGCGGGUUCUUGUUGUGACUCAAACAGUCCAUAUGGUUCACCUAUCAAUAUAGAUGAUACAUAUACUCCAUUAAAUCCUUCUGGUACGUCUGGAACCAGUCCUCCACCAGAUGGAUACCUUCCAAUGAAACCAGGAUACACUUUUUCUAAUAACUGUGUAAAUGUUAUGCCAUUGGAAGGACACAGUAAUUCUAAACAAGAAUCUACUGAGAUGCCUCCAAUGGAAUUUGAAUCGCCUGAAGGCUAUGUCCCUAUGGCUCCUGUGAGUAGAAUGUCUGACUAUGUAUCCAUGGAUUGUAAGCAAGGGUCUAUUGAAUCUGGAACACCGUCUACAGACACUCGUUUUUCUGACAUACAUUUAGAUAAAGUUUGUGCAUACCUUACUCCAUCUGAAGAUGAAGGACCUAUUGAAAGGCCUACUCGAGCUUAUUCUGUUGGUUCCAGACCAGAUGGCUUAAGGGAAAAAAUUGACAAAAUUAACGCUGAUAGAACAAGAGCUCGUGCAUUUUCAGUAGGCAGCCGUGGUCGAUUACCCCCAACCGGAUUGCCCCGGAAUGGUUAUCAAUCUGGUUCAACCAGUAUGUCUGAACAAAGUGACAAUGGCGAUCGUGUGGAAAUUGAUUUUAGUUGCAAUUCAAAAUCUCGUCGUCAUUAUUCAGCAACUUGUCGAACUUUAUCGAUUCAGCCACCAGCAGAUGUAUCACCAAGAUCAUCACCUAAACUUUGUCCUUCUCCUGAUCCAUCAUGCAUCCAUAGACCAACUGGUCGUUCUCCUCCAAAAUCUAUAGUGUCUUCUGUAGAUAUCAAAAGAACACUAUCUGGAGCUGUUCAUGGUAUUUCCAGAUCACCUCCAACAUCUUCACAUACAUAUUUGUCACCUACAUUGGAAAGAGUUUCAGAGGUACCUGGUAUUGAAGUUGUUGAUAGUUACAUACCAAUGAAACCAACCCAAGGAUUAAAUCUCUGUGAAAACACAAAUAUGGCGGUAGACGAAUCAAUUAAAAGAAAUUAUGUAAAUGUAUGGGAAGCAGCAAGUAGUACGUUUCCAAUCAUGAAAAUGAUUGGAGGUUUGAAUUGGAAAAAAAACAAAAAACGUAAUACAACUCCCGCUCUAGAACAACUUAUACCCAUGGCUGAUGAAGGCAUUGAUGAAAUAGAUGGUUAUACUACUAUAAGACCGGGUGUUCAUACAAUACCGGUACGAGAACAAAUCGGUCAGUCAUCUGAUGCAGUGUUAGAUGCCAUUUGUGAUGGACUUGCGGAUCUAGUAUUCUCAGACCCACCUCCUAUUGUCACAUAUAAUUCUCAGAACCACUCUAAGUCAGAUAAUUCUGUUUCUUCGCUAGAUGGGUAAUUGUAUAAUUUGUGUUGUAAUAUAAAUAAUAUUUUAAUUUAAACUCAUAUUUUGUAUACACUGGUAAAGAGGUUUAUCUCAGUGGCAAACAAAAAUGUAUAUAAUUUUUUUUUAUGUAUAAUUUUACUGUGUUGUUCUUUGUAUUUGAAUUAAAUAAAUAUUAAUAUUUAGGUAAAAGUAUAUGUUAAUAUAUUUGGCAUCUAAAGUAUAACAUUUUAGAAGAAUUGUAUCCAGGGGUAAUUUUUCUAACGAUAUUUCAACUUUAUUCGAGAAUUUUUAUUGUAUUUAAUGUAUUUUAUUUUUAGUGAAUAUGUUACCAAUUUAAACCAGUAUGAACUGAGACAUAAUUAUAAUUUUUGCCUUUUACGCUUUAAAUUUUUAAUAAAAAAAAAAUUGAUGAAAUAUCAAUUGUUUAUUGUUAUUUAAAAGUACUAAGUUAUUAAUUUUUAUUUGAUGUGUAAAAUAGCUAAUUUAAUCAUAUUUUAAUACAUUAUGUUAAAUUAAAAUAGUUAAACAUAGUGAAAACUAAGCUAAGAUAUUAUGUUCAUUACAUGGGGAAAAUUCAAUAUUAAAGAACUUAUAAGACUUCUGUGUGUAGGGAAACAAUAGAAAUGAUAGGCCAAUGAUGAAUUGAUUGAAAAUGGAUGUUACAAUGGUCUCCCUUUAGCAAAUGUAUAGAUUUGAUAGGAAGUAGCAGUUGACAGAGAAACAUCAUCUUAAUAGAUUAUCCCACUUAUGUGUUAGAUGAAGGUAAAUUGAGUUAAACUACAGUUACAUAGUUGAUAUAGAAAUAAUGAUUACCAAUUUGUAUAAAUAUUUAUAUUACUUUAAGUUCUAAUUAAAUUAAAUUAUAGUUAAACUUAAAUAAGUAUGUAUUUAUACAAAUAUAAAUAAAUAAAUGUAAAUAUAUGCACGCUUGCGUGUAUGUAUGGCCGUUUAUUUUUAUUUGCAAAAAUAAAAAUCUCCUUAUGACCAGACAUCAAUGUAUGCAAAUAAGACUGAAGAACCACUCUAGGGAUAUACCUAGCUAAGUACUGUAUUUAAUUUUAGGUUCUCUAUAGGAUUUCUUUAAUUUACAAAUUGCCUCGUUUGAGCUGAUUUUUAAUUUGUUAGAUAACAAGAAAAUAAAAAUAUUUAAUAAUUGAUAAUGAUAAUAAAUUCAAUUGGUGUAUGUCUAUGUUGUGUGUGUAUGUGUAUUAUGUUAAUUAAAAUAUAUUAAAUUAAUUGAUAAAUAAUAACACUGUUUAUGGUGUUUUUGGUUGACCUUUAAAAGAAUUUGUACCCUACAUCACUAUUAUUUAGAAAAUAUUAUAUUAAACUGUAUUAUUCUGCAUUCUUAAUGUUACUUAAUAGUUGAUUGUCAUUAUUAUGGAUUUAUGAUAAAUAAAUAUGUCAUGUUUUGUGUCACAUUAUAGAUAAAUUUUAAAUAUACUUCAAAAAGUAAAAUAAAAUAAUUGUUUAUAGACCACGAGAAAAAUUAUAUAUUUCAUUGUUGUUUUUUUUUUUUUAAAGAAAGUUAGAAAAGUUUUUUUUUCAUUAUUUAUUUUAGUGAUAUUCUUUAUGAAAAUAAAGAUAUUAUGUAUAAACUAAUUAUAGAAAAAUGGAGAAUCAUUUUCUCAAAAAAAAUUUUUAAUUCAAAUAAUUUUUCUCACCGCCUGUAUUUAUUAUACACUGAGUACUGCCACUAUUGUAAAAAGACAAAAUUGUCUGCCUAUCUAACUAUUAAAAUUAAGUUCAUGUUUUAUAACUUUUGUUCAUAUCUUAAAAUAUAAAUAUUAUAUAUUGUAUAAUAUUAUGAUUCUAUUAGUGUGUUUAGUCUUAAAAUUUAGGUGAAGAUAUUAGUAAAUAUUAAAUAAUAUUUAUUGUUUACUUUUUGUCUUUAUUCAUUUAUAGAUAAAUUUUGUUGUAGAAAGUAUUAGUUUAAGGGAAUUUAGUAGGCUAUUGUUUGUUCUUUAUUUAAACAUUUUUUUUUUCGGUUUUAGCCUGUAGGAGUUAUUGCCAGUUAUCAUAUUCAUGAACAACUGUCUUUUUUUUUUAUUAUUUUGCUCACAUUCCUCAAUUGUUUUCUUAAUAUUAAUUAUUUUGUUUAAUGCUAAAUUUUGAAAAUAGAAAAUGUUAUUAAAACACACGCCUUUAAAAAUUAUUUUGUUAAGUUUGACUUUUUCUAAAAACUUAUCUUGUGAUCACUGUAUUUACUAUUUAAAUUUAUUUAUUUAUUAGAUAAAAACAUUAUAGAUAAAACAAUUGAGAACUAUCAAUUUUGUAAUAUUUAUUGAUUUUGUAACAAUACCCUUUUAGUAUUGUUCAAAAUAGUGAAACAAAAAUGUUUUAAACUUAAUGCAAUAAAAUACAGUGUACAUUUGAA